AUGAUGAAUGGAAUGUUGAAUGUUGUGAAGGAGAGAAGGAAAGAAAAAAAGACAGCGGAUGAAAAAGUAUCGAAAAUAAUUUCACGAGUGCUCCACCGCUUGAGGUUGCGUCUUCGAGACAGCAUAAAAGAAGAAAAAAUGUUCAUAAAAACCCAAAGAAAAUUGAAAAUCACAAUAUAUCCUAUAUGUGAAAUGGGAAAUGGAUCCACAAGGUUUCGUUUCCAUUUAAUGAACAUGUACCUAUUAGAAAUUGAAAAUAACUUGAAGCUCCAUAUCAUAAACUUUCGGAAACUUUUUGAAGGCUGA